CCAGUUGUUUUGAACGCGGCAUUAGGCUCGUGGAUUUGUGACGUGGUAAUGUUUAUCGUAUCCGGAAGUGUGGCCUCGAUCAUCUGGGAUGCUGUUCUUUCCUUUGGAAGCAAUUUUACAAAUAGUUUAUGAUACCAUAUUCUUAAUUGUGCCGGAUCUUUGCGCGGACAUGGUCUGUGUCUGUAUUGUAAGAGGGGGUUCUUGCUAACUAGCUAGCUACGAUGUCUUGUUGAAUUCUAUGAUAAGCUAGCCGGCUAGCUAACGUUACAGCUAGUAACGUUAAUCUCUUUGACACAACUUUACAAGGCUAACGUUAGCUAGCAACCACCAGUCUGGUCGCAUGGAUCAUUACAUUUGUUGAGUUUCAGCCUAGCUAUAAAAAUGGAUGACAAAUACAGCAGCAAUGUACUUUCCAGUGGACAGCUGGGCAGGGUUGAAGUACCGAAUGCCAGGUAAGCCCUCUAGUUUUCUAGUAACGUUAAAUUGUUGUGGUUAGGCAGCUAAGGUUAGCUGUAGCCGAGGAACGCUUAGGUUAGCUGUAGCUGAGGAACGCUUAGGUUAGCUGUAGCUGAGGAACGCUUAGGUUAGCUGUAGCUGAGGAACGCUUAGGUUAGCUGUAGCUGAGGAACGCUUAGGUUAGCUGUAGCUGAGGAACGCUUAGGUUAGCUGUAGCUGAGGAACGCUUAGGUUAGCUGUAGCUGAGGAACGCUUAGGUUAGCUGUAGCUGAGGAACGCUUAGGUUAGCUGUAGCUGAGGAACGCUUAGGUUAGCUGUAGCUGAGGAACGCUUCAGGUUAGCUGUAGCUGAGGAACGCUUAGGUUAGCUGUAGCUGAGGAACGCUUAGGUUAGCUGUAGCUGAGGAAAGCUCAGGUUAGCUGUAGCUGAGGAACGCUUAGGUUAGCUGUAGCUGAGGAACGCUUAGGUUAGCUGUAGCUGAGGAACGCUUAGGUUAGCUGUAGCUGAGGAACGCUUAGGUUAGCUGUAGCUGAGGAACGCUUAGGUUAGCUGUAGCUGAGGAACGCUUAGGUUAGCUGUAGCUGAGGAACGCUUAGGUUAGCUGUAGCUGAGGAACGCUUAGGUUAGCUGUAGCUGAGGAAAGCUCAGGUUAGCUGUAGCUGAGGAAUGCUCAGGUUAGCUGUAGCUGAGGAAUGCUAAGGUUAGCUGUAGCUGAGGAAUGCUCAGGUUAGCUGUAGCUGAGGAAUGCUUAAGAGAGAACAGAGUUGAGCGUUCCUCAGCUAGGUCAGCUGCUGUCUUAGCUGACUAACUAUAUAGCCUGUGACCCAUUGUACCAGAUUAGUUGAUGAAUUCAGAGUCUUUGCUUGUAUGUUCUGUUCAAUGCUAGCCUACAGUAGAAGUGAGGCUAUUGUUUACAUCAUGGCUGUGUUUAUGUCACUGCUUGUCAUCACUAGUCUUCGCAAGCUAGCUAGGUGGGCAAGAUCCUGUUGUGAGAUUGUAUUUAACUUGUUAUUCUCUCUUUCAGGCUGACCAGGUACAUAGUGUUACUGCUUGUGUCCAAGGUGUUGAAGGCACUUGGGAUCUUUGAAUCAUAUGACCUCCUCAAAGUUGUCCACAUUGUUCAGUUCAUCUUCAUACUAAAAUUGGGGUGAGUAGCUCCUGGUUACCCUUUUCUCCUCCGAUUAAAAUAUUAGUUUAUUCUGUUAUGUAUGGAAAAUACAUCUGUCUCUUCUUCCUGUGUAGGUGUGCAGUGAUUUUGGUUUUCUUCCAAAAACCAUUCUCUUCUGGGAAAGCAAUUUCAAAGAGACAGGUACGUGUUUACCCUGCUUUCAGGUCUCGGAGACACAAAUAAUGUGUCAUAGACAGCAUGUGCACUCCAGGAGUAAUCAUGUGACCCUCACCCAUAGUAAUUGUGACCCUCACCCAUCUUUAUUGCAGUGGAUCAAGCUCCUGAAACAUGCGGUCAUCAGCUGCAUCAUUUCCCUCCUGGGUUUCUUUGGUCUCACUCUCUGUGGACCUUUAAGGUAAGAUGUCAUGUCAUCAGUGUGACCGUCUGGCUGAAUGGAGGGUUUGGUUUCUUGAUGUCAUUACUUGUACUACCUCACACACUCCUUGAUAAUAACACAUUUUUUCCUUCUUGCUCAGGACGUUGUUACUGUUUGAGCACAGUGAUGUGGUGGUCAUUGCACUCCUCAGUGUUUUAUUCACAAGCUCAGGAGGUGGCCCCUCCAAGGUAUGCACACAUGUUCAGGCGUUUUUUUAUGUUCUUUCUAAACAGUCUUAUCAAUCAUCAUUUCAAUGUCUUCCAAACCCCUGUGGAUGUUGUGAAUGACAGCAUGUCUGUUUGUGUUGUAGACCAGAGGUGCCGCUCUCUUCAUUAUCGCUGUCAUCUGUCUCCUCCUCUUCGACAAUGAUGACCUCAUGGCAAAGAUGGCGGAACAUCGUAUCCUUUCUGAAAUACAUGAUAGAAUAGAUGAUCAUGAAUGGAUGAUCAUAAUGUCAAACCUCUAUAGUUUUUCCCUUAAUCAUCUGCUCUUCUAGCUGAAGGACACCAUGACAGUGCCCUCACUCAUGCUCUCUACACUGCUAUUGCAUUCUUGGGGGUAGCAGAUCACAAGGUACGUAAAUCAAUCACAUCACAAGUACAGUAUUUGCUUUUCUAGUGGAUGUAAUCUUCCCUGUGCCUCAACUCUAUCUUCUCUCCUUUCUCCACACUUUGAGAAAUGUUAAGCCACUGAUGCUCUCUCUCUCUCAGGGUGGGGUUGUGUUGCUGGUGGUGUCUCUCUGCCUGAAGAUUGGCUUCCACACAGCUUCCAGGAAGUUGUCUGUGGAGAUCGGGGGAGCCAAACGCCUCUACGCCCUGGAUAACCUGGUCUCCUCCAUAGUCCUGCUGCCCUGGGUCAUAGUGCUCUCAGCCACCACAGAGGUAAGAGAUGGAGAAUAUGGGAAAGCACAGUUCUAAGGCAUCUUUAAUGCAAGUUUAUCCAAUUUUUAUUGUAUCAAAUAUUUUGUAUCAGUAAGGUUAAGAGCCCAAACAAUUGGCCAUUUGUUACUGCAUAAAGAGUACAAAGAAACAACAAUGAGAAUAGAAAGGUUCAGAACUUUUGUAAAACAUCACAGUACAGUUGAAAAAUAUAUGGCAAAUAGAAAUCCAAUAUGGAUGGUGUUAACAGAUAGAUGGGAGGUGUUGAAUGGAGCUGAAGGAUGGGACUAAUAACAACAACUAAUAACAACAAGUUAACUAGUGUAAGACAUGCUGUGUCCAUAAUAAGUAUACAGAUUAUAUAUUGUGAGCUUUUGUGAAAGAGCACAGUUAUAAAGAUAUGGCAUAUAGAAGCAUACCAGAUGGACAUCAUGAAAAUGAUCGGAGGAAGUUCAGGAGUAAAAACAAACAAAAUAUAAUUAGUGACUGUGUCCAUAAAAUGUAUAUAGUAUGUAUAAGCAUGAAGUAGAGGCCUAAGCAUUGUUGUUCACUAGUUUACUCCAAUUAGGGAGGGGAUGGUGGGGUUGGAAAGUAAUAAAGGAAAAUAUAUAUAUUUUUAAAGGAUAUGUAUAUAUAUAUAUAUAUAAUAUAUGCGAGAGAGAGAAAAGAAAAAACAUAUGGGGGAUUGGAAGUGAUGCAGACAAUUACAUUGAUGGAAGUUACAAUCUAUCUGCAAUAUUAAAGCUGAUCUACCCCCUAAAAAAAAAAAAAAAGAGUACAAAGUCCCUAAACUGUGAUUCUAAAUCACCAGAGCAAGGUGGAGUCGUGGUCGGCUCUUAUCCUGCCGUUUGGGAUGAUCAUCUUCUCUGUGAUGAUCCUGGAGUUCUAUGUAGAGUCCAUCUGCAUCACCAAGAUGGAGGCUCCCAGGUGUGCCCGCUACGGCUCCAUCUUUCUCUUCCUCAGCGGGCUGCUGCUGGCCAACUUCUGGACCCACCCGCUGACGGAACAGCUCCGGAACCAUGAGCAAGCCCCCCCAGCAAGAGAGCACAGAGACAGAGCACGUGCUCUCUGGAGGGGUGCUGGUCAGUGCAGUCUUCUUCAUCAUGGGUGAGUGAGAGUACCGCCAGUAGUAAUGACUGACUUUACGGUGGCUAGAUAGUUUUCCUCAGAGUAAGGAGUGUGACAUUAAGUAGUCUAACAUUCAGGUGGCAUUCAUUGAGCAUGUCAUAUACUGUAAAUCCCCCUCUCUUUUACUGUUUUCAGCGGACAGCAUCUUGUCGUCACCAUCGAAGAAAGGUCAGAAGGGGACCUUGGUGGGGUAUUCCCCCGAGGGAACCCCUCUGUAUAACUUCAUGGGGGACGCCCUGCAGCACACGUCCCAGUCUCUGCCCCGCUUCAUCAAAGACUCCCUCAAACAGAUCCUGGAGGAGUAUGAUUCCAGACAGAUCUUCUACUUCCUCUGUCUCAAUCUGGUAAGCAGAACCUCGGGUAUGAGAAUACACAGGACUGAAUAUCAGAUGAUGGGGACUGGGUGAUCUAGACUUGAGAAUUUCAGUACCAUGUCUUAUCUACUGAGCUUUUUGUGGUGGCUGAAAAUGUAAGAUUAGUUGACUAAAUUGCUUGUUACUUCUUGUUUUCCAUGUUAUAGGCUUUCACGUUUGUGGAGCUCUUCUACGGUGUGUGGACCAACAGCCUGGGCCUGAUCUCUGAUGGCUUCCACAUGCUGUUUGACUGCUCUGCUCUGGUGCUGGGCCUCUUCGCAGCCCUCAUGACACGCUGGAAAGCAACCAGGAUAUUCUCUUAUGGGUAAGCUCAGUCUAAUAGAGAUACUGCUCUAAGAGGCAUUGGACGUCUUCAUUCUUAUCUGGAGCUAUUAUUGUCAAGUUGAGAAAUUAGAAUGUGAUUGAUCAAUGGUCUGUUUCAUAUUGCAGGUACGGCAGGGUUGAAAUUCUCUCUGGAUUCAUCAAUGGCUUGUUCCUCAUGGUCAUAGCUUUCUUUGUCUUUGUGGAGUCGGUCACACGACUCGUAGACCCUCCCAACAUUAACACAGACAUGUUGACAGUAAGUAAACCAUGUCUACAGCUUCUCAUAAUGCCUGUUUAUGUUCAUCAUGUUAACAUUUGUAUCAAACAUAUUCAAGUUUCUCUACCUAAUACUAUGUAGAUUGUCCAAAAGAGUUUAAACAAAUAUUUGUUAUGUUUGUCUGAUAACCCUGAUAACACAGCAUCACUGCCCUGCAUAUCUCCCAUGAGUAUUCCAAAGCCACUCUCCUGUGUUUUCCCCAGCCUGUGUCAGUUGGAGGGCUCCUCGUCAACCUGGUGGGGAUCUGUGCCUUCAGCCACGCACACUCCCACGGUGCUGCUAAAAGCAGUUGUUCAUCACAUGACCAUGGCCACUCCCACGGGCAUGGGCACAGCGAGCACGGGCACUCUCAUGGGGGACAUGGGCACGGUGGAAACGGCCAUGGGCAGAGCAGUCAUGGACACAGUCAUGGAAGCAGCCAUGGCCACUCCCAUGGUGGGGGCAUGAAUGCCAAUAUGAGAGGUGAGUGGACAUUUUUUCUUCAGAUAAAUGCUCUUGAAUCAAAAAGUGAUCCACAUUAUAACUGUUCAUAAUUCCUUAUAGAGCUGAGCUGAAGAGAGGUGUUAUGAAUGUACGUCCAAAUGAGAUGCUCAUUUGCUCUUUGUUGUUUUCAACUGUAUGAUGGACCACAGUCACAGUGUUUAAUCAUGGCUAUAAAUGCUUAUUUUUUCCCAGGUGUCUUUCUGCACGUGCUGGCUGACACCCUGGGCAGCGUUGGUGUGAUCAUCUCCACAAUCCUCAUUCGUCAGUUUGGCUGGUUGAUCGCUGACCCCAUCUGUUCCCUCUUCAUCUCCACCCUCAUCUUCCUCAGUGUCAUCCCCCUGCUGACAGAUGCUGCCGAGGUCCUCCUCCUGAGGACGCCUCCUGAACAUGAGAAGGACCUCAACAUCGCCCUGGAAAAGGUUGGAUAGCAAAACCUCUACUAACAUAGUAAAUUAAAUUGAAAGGUUGUAAUUAAAUACAUUUGAUUUGUGUUCAGUUGAUUGAUAGUGUUUGAAGAGCGGACCAUACCAAACAAUGAAUAAUCAUGUUGGGUCUUUUUGUGUUCUUUCAGAUUGAGAAAGUAGAAGGUGUGCUGUCUUACCGCGACCCUCACUUUUGGAGACACUCAGCCAGUGUCAUCGCAGGAACGAUUCACCUGCAGCUGAUGUCAGACGUUGUGGAGCAGAGGAUCAUACAGCAGGCGAGUGGAAACAAAUAUUCUUUGGGGUUAAGUUAAUUGUGUUUUUCAUGAAUAAUACAUUUCAAACCAUUUUCUUGUUGUCCUUUAUAGGUGACUGCUAUUCUGAAAGAUGCCGGGGUGAAUAAUCUAUCUGUCCAGGUGGAGAAGGAGGCCUAUUUCCAGCACAUGUCUGGCCUCAGUACUGGAUUCCAUGAUGUUCUGGCAAUGACACAACAAAUGGAGUCCUUGAAUUAUCUGAAAGAUGGAACAUGUAUCAUGUAACUUACUCUGUGUACCAAAUCGGAUUUUUGAAUUAAUUGUAUUUCUUUUUUGCAUUCAUGUGUGCGGUUCAUGUGAAAUAAAAAUGGAAUAAAUAACUUUUAUCAUAUCUGGACCACAACCACUGUCUUAUUAUAUUAUUCUUCCUCCAUUUUCUUUAGAAGAGUAAAUAUGCAAUAGAUAUUAGGCUACUGCAGAGCCUGAUGUGCCUCCACAGCACAUUUAUGGGAUCAGAGGUUAACACAAUAUAAUAAAUGUGUGUUGUAUGGUCAUGAUGUCCUGUUUCCUACAUGACUAGCACAAAUGCAGUAAUAAGAAGACCAUGAAUAGUAAAAUAACAGUACAGUACAAGUGUACACUUUAUUACAUAAAAUGUAACUGUGAUGGUGGAGUUAUCAAAGAAAAGCAGAGCCAAAAGCAAAGGUUUUUAAGAAUCUUUGGGGAAAUUAGCAGCAGAUGGUGCUCCUAUGAUCUUUGCAGACACAGAAUUCAUAAUACUAUUAUAUUGUAUCUAUAUAGUAGAAAACUUCUAUAAAACAAAAAGUUGGUGAACCCUAAAUAAGUACAAUAAAUUGCCUUUGUUUUGAACUGGACCCAAACUUUUUUUCUUAUUUAUAAGGAGGCGGAAGUCUUAAUAAAAAAAACCUGAAUCCUAUCAUGUGAUUACUGGUCGUCCUAGGAACGCAUUCUAAGCGGCUGCGUAUCAUCCAAUCAGAUGGCAACGAAUUUGGGAACGCAGCGAAUGAGAUUCGAGUAAGCCUGGAUUUAAACCACGGUCAUUCAGCCUGUGGUAUUGUGUGGUGUUUCAGUGUGUUCUGUCUUCAGCAAAGCAACUCAUCUUUCGAAAUGGCUCUCCGUAUGACAAGGGUAAGUUUUUUUUUUUUUUUUUUUUUCCUCCAGAAUUUCUCUUUGUUUGAAUAUAGUGGUGGCAUUUGCAUAUUUUUCUUCUAUGCUUUAGUUUAGAUUUUUUUUUUUUAGAGCCCAAAUGGCGAUGACAGAAUCGCCUCGUGCAUCUGCAAAAAUGUAUCCUUCAGCCUUCUCGUGAAAUUCUUGCGUACAAUAGUCAUUCAGAAUUCGAUAUCCCUUUUAUUUGAAUGUUUGAAAAUCAAUCUAGCUCUAUGGUUUCCUUUUAUUGCUGUAGAAUCGCCUGGCUUCCUCAGAGAACCAAACUACUCUGCCGGGCAAGGCUGUUCUGGGAACCAAGCCUACAUUGAGACAACGAGCUGCGCUCGGCGAAAUCGGAAAUGUUGGAGUCCCCAGACAGACUCUGAAAAAGGUGAGAUUCGGCAAACUAAAAAUAACUUAUCAAUUUAUUGUUUACUAUCUAUUUACCCUGUUUCUUGUACUAAAAUACUGCGGUUAAAUUAUUCUACAGGAUGCUAAGGCAGAACCCACAAAGGUGGUUGAGAGGAAGGCCAGCACACGGGCUGAGAAAGCCCCUGAGGUCCAACAACCAAAAAUAGUUGUUUUUGCCCCUGUUCAGGUGAGACUUCUGGGGUGAUGGGGAAAUAAUUUGGCUGCUUGUUCUUUUUGUUUGCCUUCAAUCUGCUCAACUCUCCAUUCACGAUUGGACCUGGUUCACCACCACACCCAUAUUGAAUACAAACGUUGGUGUUUAUCUGACAGGUUUUGCCUGAGCCAGUGUCUCCCACACCAAUGGAGACCUCUGGCUGUGCUCCCAAUGAUCUGUGCCAGGCCUUCUCAGAUGUCCUGCUUAAUAUCAAGGAUGUAGAUGCUGAUGACUACGACAACCCCAUGCUCUGCAGUGAAUAUGUGAAGGACAUCUACAAAUAUCUCCAGAAACUUGAGGUUGGUGUCUUAACAUGUUUCUAAACUGAGUAACUAUGUCCAGCAAAUGCAUUUUAUAACUGCAUGUGCCUGUUGCUUACAUAUUUCCCCUCAGAUUGAUCAGGCUGUCAAACCCAAAUAUCUGGAGGGACAGGAAAUUACAGGCAACAUGCGUGCCAUCCUCAUUGAUUGGCUUGUCCAGGUCCAAAUCAAGUUCCGCCUGCUGCAGGAGACCAUGUACAUGACUGUGGGAAUCAUUGAUCGCUUCCUUCAGGUAAUAAGCCAGUGGCAGCUUUCCCUUGACCCACUAUAUCCUAGCAUCCUGAUGUGAAACUAUUAGAAGUGUGGUGGGAAUGUAGCAGACAUGUCACUUAACCCAUUAGUAGGCUUUUUUUUUUGCCAAUCCAGGCAUUACAAAUCGGCAGAGCAAGGAAAUGGUUCAGGGACAGAACCACAAGUAAUGUGACCCCAUUACUAUAUAGUGUGAAAGGUCCCAAUUGACUGACAUCUCAUCCAACAGGAUAACCCAGUGCCCAAAAAGCAGCUCCAGCUGGUUGGUGUGACUGCCAUGUUCAUCGCUUCCAAAUACGAGGAGAUGUACCCUCCGGAGAUCGCAGACUUUGCCUUUGUUACCGACCGGGCCUAUACCACUGCACAGAUCAGGGACAUGGAGAUGAAGAUCCUAAGGGUGCUGAAGUUCAGCUUCGGCCGCCCUCUCCCCCUCCAGUUCCUCAGAAGAGCCUCAAAGAUUGGUGAGGUAUGCAACCCCUUCAACACUGACACGCCUCCCUCUGUAUUGCUUAUGUCAGGGCUCUCCAACCCUGUUCCCAAAGAGCUACCUUCCUGUAGGUUUUUGCUCCGACCCCAGUUGUAACUUGCUUUAGUUUAUCAACCAGGUAAUUCUUAGAAUCUGAUGCACUAGAUUAGCCUUGGCGCAAAAACCUACAGAACGGUAGCUCUCUGGAAGAGGGUUGGACAGCUCUGGCCUAUAUUCACACCAAUUACUGGCUAUUUUAAAAUCCCUCCAGGUGACUGCUGAGCACCACACCCUGGCAAAGUACUUUGUGGAGCUCACCAUGGUGGACUAUGAGAUGGUGCACUUCCCUCCCUCCCAAGUGGCCAGUGCAGCCUUUGCCCUCACCCUGAAGGUCUUCAACUGUGGUGAAUGGGUAAGAUGUCAUCAGUUUGUCGUGCAAUUCUCUUCAUUUUUCUGACUGGCAUCCACCAUUUUGUGUAAGCUUAUCUGAUCAUUUAAAGGAGGCCAUUUUGUAGUAUACCCAGGUCACUACUGCUAUCGCUUAAUCUUUUGACUUGCUGUAUUUGUAUCUUCACCCCAGAGCGCCACACUACAACAUUACAUGAACUACACAGAAGACAGCCUGGUCCCUGCCAUGCAGCACAUCGCUAAAAAUGUUCUGAAGGUGAACGAGGGACAAACUAAGCAUAUGGUGAGUAUCAUACAAAGUACUGCCUCCUGAUUUGUGAAUGCCAUUUACUUUGUUUAUGACUUUACAUGCACCCUAUGAUUAGACUUCAAAUGAUUCUACAAAAUGGCCUGUCACCCUAAUUUUAACUUGUUUUUGUUCCAGACGGUUAAGAACAAGUACUCUAGUCAGAAGCAGAUGAGAAUUGCCACAAUUUCACAGCUCAAGUCUUCGCUGAUCAAGGACCUUGCAAAGCAACUCACCCUAUGAGAUGCCUGCUGGCACUAUGUGCUGCUUGUACUGUACAGAAUGUAUCUAACUUAUGUUAUUUUCUUUUUUUUAUAAUUUUUUUUUUUUAGAAAAGUCUUAACGAUUGUGGGAGAAAUGUUAUUGUUGGGAAGCGUACAGCUUUUGUUCCUGCACCUGGGUGUUGGACUUUCUGGUAAUUAAACACUUUGACCUAAAGUAGUUUCCAUCAAUAUAACUUGUGUAUAUGAUCAAGACUGUAUAUUCAAAUAAUGCCAAUAAACAUUUUAUACACUUUUA